UAAAAUCAGAGAGCACACUGCACGCAUGAUUACAUAUAAUAAUAAUAUAUAGAAAAACAAAGAAGAUGGAAGCAAAAAAGAUGGUGGUGGCCGUGGAAAAGGAUGAAGAUGAAGAAGUCAUACUGCCGGGGUUUCGGUUUCAUCCCACCGACGAGGAGCUCGUCGGAUUUUACCUCCGACGGAGAGUGGAGAACAAGAGAAUCAGUAUCGAACUCAUCAAACAAGUCGACAUUUACAAACAUGAUCCUUGGGAUCUCCCAAAGAUUGGGACUCAUGUUGGUGACAAGGAAUGGUAUUUCUUCUGCAUCAGAGGGAGGAAAUACAGGAACAGUGUGAGACCUAACCGGGUCACCGGAUCCGGGUUUUGGAAGGCAACCGGAAUAGACAAGCCGGUUUAUUCCACCGGCGGCGAAACCCACCACUGCAUCGGCCUCAAGAAAUCCUUGGUUUACUAUAGAGGCAGUGCCGGAAAAGGAACCAAAACCGAUUGGAUGAUGCAUGAGUUUCGCCUCCCUCCCAAACUUGCUGACAAGAACAACAACAUUUGUCAAGAAGCUGAAGUGUGGACACUGUGUCGAAUCUUCAAGAGGACAACAAAUUACAAGAGAUGCAUGCCAGAUUGGAGGCAGCAAACAAGCAGACAGAGCACGAUUGUGGAGAAUGGAAGCUCCAAGAAUGAAGCAAUAAUGGGGGCAGCCCAGCAGGAGCAAAGGAACCAAUUCUACGCAUCAAAUGAUCAGAUAUCCAUGGCGCUCUCCUCGUACUCAUCCUCGUCCAACACCACAACAUUCUGGAACUCUCCGAAACUACUAGAUAAUAGCCACUUCUUCAUCGGAGAGAAUCCGCAUUGGGAUGAGCUGAAAUCGGUUGUGGAUUUAGCCACUGACCCUCAAAGCUUCUGUUACAGCCAUACGUAGGAACUGAGGGAGGGGAGGUUAAUUGAAUGCUUUGAGUUGGAUUAUUACUUAGUUGAUGAGUCGAGUUUUAUACUGACUAUACUGAACCAAUUUAGUCUUCCCUCUCUUCUAAAAUGGUUUUUUUUUUUUAAUUUAAUUAGGUUUUUUGUGUAAUAAAAAUACUAAGCAUGCAUGUAGUGGUUCUCUUAUAGAUUGAUGAUAUUGAUCUCGAUCUACAGUAGAGUGACAUCAUGUCUUGAUAUUAUCUAUAAAUAAUAUAUAGGACGAUAGAUCAAAUAUUUUAGUUCUCUUGUAUAUAUACAAAGUGUUUAUCUGAUCUCUUGUUAUGAGAA